ACCCCUAAAACCAUUUUUCUAUGCAUAUGCUGAACACUUGUGUUUGCGGAACUUUCCAAGACGAAUAUGAUGAACUAUGUCUUGCAAGCCCUGGUUCUAGCCCCAAAAAAUCCAAAACAAGGGAUAGUAAUAACCCUUACUCCACACGUGGCCUAGACAAGUUUUCUGCACUAUUGGCUGAUCUCGAUGAGAAAAGGAAGAAGAUUUAUUCACAGAUGAACCCUCAUGACAUCUCUUUUGUUCGUUUUGUGUCCUCAAACACAGAUGAUUUCGUCCCUAUUGUGGUCAAGGUGAAAAAUAGGGAUCAGAAACACAAGAGUGAAGAGCUCAGAGUGGUGAAGGCACGAAAUUUGACUCUUACCUCAAAGUCAUUGGACAUGUCUGCAACUGAAUCCACUGCCACUGUGGAAGAAAGAAAGCAACCCAAGUUGGAAUCUGAUCAUAAAAAGGUAACUAAGAAGAGCUUAACUUGGAAUAUGACUGAGUGGGAUAUGGUUAAACCAUCUUUCUAUUUGCCACUAGUCAUGAUAUUGAUUUUGAUGUUCUUGACUGUGUUUGGGAGAUCAGUUGCAAUUCUUUGCAUUUGUAUUUUAUGGUAUGUGAUUCCCACAUUAAGGGAUGGCUCAUCGAACCAAAGAAAGUCGAUGAAGAAGAAAGAUUAUGCUAGAGGGUUGAGUGAAAAGAAGGUGGUGACCAAUGAAGGGGUGAAGAAAAAAGAUUAUGUUAGAGGGUUAAGUGAAAAGAAGAUGGUGGUGACUGAAGGGGUAGUGAAGAAGAAAGAAUAUGUUAGAGGGUGGAGUGAAAAGAAGAUGGCCACUGAUGGAUUACUGUCUCCAAGAAGUGGAAAUUCCGAGGCUUCCAAGAACAAUAGUCCAGGAAAACAUGGCCACAAGAAAAGCUGGUGAAGAUUAUGUGCCUUUUUUUUUUUUUUUUUUUCUUUUUUGAUAGAUAUCAACAGUUGUCUAAAGUUCUAACAAACCCGACUAAUCGGAUUUCGGGUUUGACCAUAUCAACCCUCUCUAGAAAGAGUUGCAACUCCCAAGAAUCGAAUUCACUACCUUUAAACAGGUCAAAUCCUGGGAUGGAGGUGAGUCUUCACUUGUCUUGGGUGAUUAUGUGCUCUUUCAUUCCCUUAUUCUUGUUUCUUCUUCUUGGAUAUUUCCAUUUAUUGGUUAGGAAUAGAAUUUUGCUGGUGUGAAUACGUUUCAUGUUUUUGCUGGGUUGAAAAUUCAAUCCCU